CAUCAACUACCAAGGGAUCACUGAAAACAAACGUGACAACUCUGACGACAUCAAUAACGACAACAGCAAUGAAAACAGCGUCAGCAACGACGAAAACGUCGACGAUAUUACUGACGUUGACAUCAGAAAAAACAAUACCGCCAAUGACACCCACAAACACUCCAACAUUAUCGACAGCAAAUGCAGUCAAUACUAAUGCAUCGUCAACACGAAAUGCAACAACGGUAAUCUCUACAACUGUUAGCACAUCAUUUCCUUCUGGAACAUUUAUAUCAAGCCGAUCAACACAGUAUUCAUCAGCCCAAUCAAUAACUAAUUCCACACCUAGUCAAGCUGGAAAUGCAACGAAGACGACCCAAACGUCAACGGAGUUAUCAUCUGAAACGACAUCGACAACAUUUUUCCAAGAAGAAACAUUGUUACUGGUUUUGGCGAUAGCAGUUGUGGAGAUGACAGUGCUUGUCAUUGGUGUUUUAGCUGUGCGAAGACAUAUACAAAAACGAGUUACUAUAACCAGGAGACCCAUCAAAGGAAAUAAUCGUCCAGUCUCUAGAAAGACAAUUUAUAGCAUACCGAAUGUGUACGACGUCAUCCCAUUCGAUGAAGUAGACGAUUCGGACGAGGAAAACCCAUAUAAAGAUCUCCAAGAUGGCGUUUAUGAUACGACAUUCAAACGACGAUCUCAUCUAUCCGGAAAACCGAAUCGCGAUGAUUCCAGAGGAAGUUACUUUUCUCAUUUUCUUCGAAAUUCCAAAAUUUUUGGGAGUUGGAAAUUGAAAGAAAAUCAGCCGAUGGAAAUGAAAACAUUUAGAGGCUAACAAAAGCAAAGCAAAAGAUUUAAUUCAUUUGCUGUAGCAGAUAGAGCUCGGAAAGCUGAAGAGACAACAUAGUAGCCUAAUAAUUAACAAUGUAGACAAAAACAGACAUAAAAGAAACAUACGCAAUACGUGCGUGUUGCCACGACAAGGCACUCUUACAGAUCGAAUUUCCUCUGUCUAAUUUUAGAGCGUUGAAGUUAUUAAUUAUGGGGUGUCCCGUUUCUGCUGACCAAAUUACCAUGAAUAAGCAACCAUUCCGUUGUCUGCUGGUCUUCUGACGAAUUUCAAUGUGACGUUUAGCUUUUAAAACUCAUAUUUAACCUAGUCUGUAUGCAUGAAAACAAAAUUACGCCAUUUGGAGCGUACAACACAUCCGGACAAGUGAGGAUUUCAAUUUGUUACAUGCGCCCCCUUCGGCAGAAUUACUGGUUGCAUAUGGCCAUGACAAGACAAAACCGGAACCAGUAUCCUUCAACCUAAAUAUGAUUAUUAUGCCCUGGUGGUUACUUUUAUAUGACAUUCUAAGUUACCCUCCAUUCUUCUCUUUCAUUUGCCUCUGCUGUAAUUCAAAUUUCAUUUACAGUGCAUUAUGAAGAUUCGCAUCAGGUCCGUGUAUUUUGUUUCACUAAAGGAUCUGUUGAAUUGUUCUUGAAUAAUAAGCAUAUUGAACAGUCAGUUAAUUACAAUGAACAUGUACUCUGUAGUAUGAAUACAUUAGUAGUUUUACGUAGACUUGGCUUAUCCUUUGCUACAUGUAUUUUGUACAUAUUAAAAUGUCUUUACUUAUGUAAUGUAAAUAUUUCUCGUUUGUGAGGAGGAAGAGUCAGAUUUUCAAAACAACUUUAUAUCCUUUUUUCAAUUUAGUCCUUUUGAUAAAUAGAAGAAGACAGGACAGGAGAAGGAGAAAGAGAAGAGAUGUAUGAGAAAGAGAGAGAAUGAGGUAGAUAGAGGGAGAUAAGAAAAAGGAGAGAGGGGGGGGGGGGGGUGAGAUGGAGGGUAAAACAAGAGAGACAGUACUAGUACAUGUAUCUAACACCUUCCGAUGUCUCUUUGUAUCGUAUCUGCAACAUAUAUAUCAAUUGUACAUGCAUCGUAAUGUACUAAUGUCUUGUUACUUCAGAAAUUCCAAAACAUUAAAUUAGAUGAAUACACGCAGUCUAGCUUGUAUAUUUUGAUAAUUGUAGUUCCUGUCCACGUCCUUGAAAUGUUUCCCUGUAAUGAUUGCUAGGUCUCCAUUAUACAGCCUCAGUAUUCCAUACUAUACAAUUAUUGACUUUCGGCAUCGGUCAACCAAUAAGCGAUUAUUAAAUG